GCGCUCGAGCUCUCGGGGCGUCGGGGGCGAUGGCGAAGAUCAGGGUGGCUUACGAGUACACGGAAGCGGAGGACAAAAGCAUCCGGCUAGGCUUGUUCCUCAUCGUCUCGGGCAUCGUGUCGCUCUUCAUCUUCGGCUUCUGCUGGCUCAGUCCCGCCCUGCAGGACCUGCAAGCCAAGGCGGCCAACUGCACGGUGCUGUCGGUGCAGCAGAUCGCCGAGGUGUUCGAGUGCACCUUCACCUGUGGCGCCGACUGCCGCGGCACCUCGCAGUACCCCUGCGUCCAGGUCUAUGUCAACAACUCCGAGUCCCACUCCCGGGCGCUGCUGCACCGCGACGAGCACCAGCUGUUAACCAACCCCAAGUGCUCAUAUAUUCCUCCUUGUGAAAGAGAAAAUCAGAAGAAUUUGGAAAGUGUCAUGACUUGGCAACAGUACUGGGAAGAUGAAAUUGGUUCUCAGCCAUUCACUUGCUAUUUUAAUCAGUAUCAGAGACCCGAUGAUGUGCUUCUGAAGCGUACCCAUGAUGAGAUCGUCCUAUUGCACUGCUUCCUCUGGCCCGUGGUGACCUUCUUGGUGGGAGUACUUAUCGUGGUGCUGACCAUCUGUGCCAAGAGCCUCGCUGUCAGAGCAGAAGCUUUGAAAAAGCGGAAGUUCUCCUAAGGGGAAAUGGCACGAGAGAAAGGAUCCAAAGAUCAAAAGGAGAUGAGGGGAAACGUGUCAUACACUGCUGUCUUUCUCAUCACCUCCUCAGCCCCUGCAAAGCUUCUUCAGUGUCUUGGGAAAUGCAGGUGUGGCCAGUCUCCCAGCAAGGACUCCUGUGAGAAGGUUCCAUGAAUUAUCUCUGGAAGGCUUGUCCUCAAAGGCAGUAGAAAGGAGCAACCAAAAGGCUCAGAAUCGCACAUGUUGUAUUAGACAUUUCUGAGCAGUGGCUAACGUGUUUAGCUCUUAGCUGUAUGAAAUGACCAUUCAGAAAAUCCUGUAGAUUUAAUUUCAUUUGAAAACAAACAAACAAACAAGCUACAUUCUGCCACUUGGUAUGAUGUAGAAUACAAACCGUCAUGACUAAUGCUAUUUAAAAUAUUAAAGCAGAGUGGUCUGAUUCUUUUUUAAUGUCUGCUUUCUAUCCUGAAUGCAGAGCACUGAGAGGUAAGGUUCUUUUAUACUUCAUUUAAUUCUUGUGGAUCAAAGUUUCAUUUUUCUGUGAGGAUUUCUGCACAAAACUGGACCUAACCAUACUAACCUCCGUUAUUCCUCUUAUAAAAUGGUAGUAAACAUC